AUGAAAUCAAUAAUUCUGUUGUUAUUAUCAUUUCAAGUUGCAGUAAAUGCAAUAAUUCAUGACUUAGAUGUCAUGUCUCAAGCAAUAACUGAUUUAAUUCAAGAGCUGUUUAUUAAGAAUCAAAUGCAUUUUGAUAUUUUGAUGUAUGGAAACCUGACACAGAAUUCAAUUGACAUAAUGAACAUGAUUGAAAUGAAAAAUGAUGGAAAUUUCGCUGAAAAGAUUCAUAAUAUUCAGCCUGACCUUUGGGAUCACAAGAUUUAUAAAUCGGCUGUGAUUUUUGUUGCAAAUGAGCAAACUGUAAAUGAAUUGAAUGCUAAGGCUAGCUUAGAGAGUCCAUAUCCUCAUCGUAUAAGUUUCUUGAUGUAUUUCAAAUUAGUCGUGGAUUAUAUGAUGACAUCAAUCGAUAGGUUUACAUUCGAGCCUACUGGUCCAAUUGUAGACCUGUUUAAAGCAAUGGCAUAUACUGGAAAUUUUACAUACAAUUAUCAAUUGGUUUUCAUUAAAAAGUAUCCAGAUUCCAAGAAAUAUGUUGAAGAGCUUCCUAAAGAUGGGAUAAUUAUAAGACCUAAUGCUCAUUUUCAAAGGGCGAUUUUAGCGUUUUCUGGUUUUGAUCAUAUACACUUUCUGACUUUAUUUGGAGAGGAAAAAGUAUCGUGUCUUCUUACUCUAGCUGAGUCUUAUGGUUCAUAUGAGAAACUUAUAUUCCCAUUUGAUUAUUGGACAUGGAUUUAUCUACUCAUUGUGUUUGGAUUUACAUUCAUUUUAAUAUUUGUGGUUAAUAUGCUUCCUUGUAAAGUUCAAGAUCUUGUUUAUGGAGAGAAUGUUAUGACACCAGCAGUUAAUGUUGGCGGAAUAUUCUUCGGAAUGUCCCAAACUCAAGUUCCAUUUAAGAACUUUUCUCGAAUAAUUCUCAUCACAUUCAUUUUGUUCUGUUUGGUGAUUCGAACUGCAUAUCAAGGUGUACUUUUUGAGAUGAUUGCUGCUGAUAUAAAGAAGCCACUUCCUGAAACAUUUCAUGAGUUGUAUUUGAGGAAUUAUUCAAUUCACGCUAUAGAUGCGAUUGGUGAUUCACUGAAAGCAUUCAUUCCAGAAUAUUUAUCACAAACGACUUUCCUGUCAAUGUUUGAUUUUGAAGAAUCCGUAUUGCAGAGAAUUAAUGACAGUUCAUCCAAAAUCGCGUUUUGUAAUUUUCGCAACAUCCUUGAACUAUAUCAAUUUCAAACUCAGACCAAGAAUAUUUAUUUAAAAGAAAAUCUUUAUUCAACAGUCAACAGCUUUUUCAUGUUUAAGCACAAUUUUCUUUAUCAAUUGGCUGACGAAACUUUACAAGGACUUUUAUCAAAUGUCAACAAGCUCCCACGAAGAGUUCAACACACAUUUUGUGGUGAGAAUGUAAUGACACCUGCACAAAAUACAAUUGCAAUUUUCUUCGGGAUCCCACAAACGCAAGUUCCAUUAAGGAACUUUCCACGACUAAUUCUCAUAACAUUCAUUCUGUUCUGUUUGGUGAUCCGAACUGCAUAUCAAGGUGUCCUGUUUAAGACAACAACUACUGAUAUUCGGAAACCACUUCCAAGAUCAUUCCAUGAUUUGCACAUGAGAUUCUAUUCAAUCCAUGCAAUAGAUUUGAUCGAGACUUCACUUGAAAGAUUUUUACCAAAGGAACAACUUGGUAAACGAAAUUCUGGUCACGAAGCAGCAGAAAAGAAGAAAUUUUUACAGCAAAAUUGA